UAAAGUCAGUAUAAUAUUCAAAAUUUUUUAAAGUCUAGAUAUGAAAUUCAAAAUUUUUUAAAGUCAGUGUAUGUUUUCGCAUAGUCAAUAGUCCGAUGCAUGAAUCGAACAUAUCAGAAUUGUCUACGAAUGUAAAAGCCGUUUUUCCCACAAAACUCUGUAAGAUUCUUUAAACAAACUGUAGAACUACUGCUAUACUAUAACUCGCCACUUGGCUAAGAAAUCAAGACAAGAAUUUAUUAAGUAAAGGGCCCUGUUAACAAAGUGGAAACGAUAAAGCCCAUUAAUUAGUAGGCGGUUUAAUGUGGUAGGAAACUAAACCAACUUGUUCGGUUAUCCUAGUCAUAAAAUUUGAAAGUAGGAACUGUGUAAGUUUAGUUUGAUAUAACACAAAAUUUGGUCACAAAUUACUUGGACUAAUGUUUUCCUCGAAGACUGGGCACGUAUUUGCGAGGGAACUUUUCGUCGGAAAAGCGUAGCUUUUGGGUUUAUAUUUUAAUCGCCGAUUAGAGAUGUUUUCGUCUUCUCGGAGUCUCCGUGAGUCGAUGCAAAAUGAUUCGCGGCGGAAGAAACAACAUUACUUCCGCUCCGGCGUUCUCGAAAGACGCAAAGAAGCUUCUUUUAUGCACUGCCAACUCCGUCUCUGUUUAUAGCGUCGCCACUGGCUUAAAGAUAACUUCACUCGAGGGUCAUACAACACCUGUGACGACUGUGAUUGUUGAUCUGAAGUCCGACGAUACCUUCACUUACUGUUGGACUUCCUCCCUAGAUGGCAAAAUUCAUCUUUGGGAGUUCUCAGAGCCGAAGCUUUUGAAGGCUUUUGAUACCCACCUUCCUAUUUACUCUUUGGUGAUGAUUCCAUCUCACGUGUCAUGUUCCUUGAUUGCUUAUGUUUCGGUUGAGGACUACUCAACUGUGUCCAAAGAUUUGUUUGCCCAAAUCCGGAGAUUUAUUCUCAUUGAAGAGCCUCUUCCUUGUGGAGACAUUUUGAAAGAGAUGGAAGAACCAAAACCUAUUGUUCUAAGUCCCUCAGGAGAGUUAUUUGGUGUCUGUCAUAAUUGUAACAUACAUAUAUGGAAUGCGUCUUUUGGGGCACCGAAGCAUCUCAUGCCAAAGGAGACGACGUUACGUCACACACAGUUGAUUUCUGUUUUUGCUUUCCAUCCCAAUCAGAAAAUAUUAGCAGCCGGUGAUGUAACAGGAAGAGUGUUAAUUUGGAAGGAUAUUGGUAAUGGAGAACUUGCUUCAGUGAAAAGUGAAGAUGACCCUGAAUCUUCUUGCACUACUUUUAACUGGCACUCUGCUGAAGUAACCGUCCUUAAUUUCUCUUCAGAUGGAGCACUUUUGUAUUCUGGGGUAAAGGAAGGGGAUCUUGUUGUUUGGGAGCUAGAUACUGGGAAGAAGCAACUUUUGCCAAAGAUAGAAUCUCCCUUGUUGUAUUUCAUCUUCUCUUCAGAUCCAACUCUUUCUUCCGGUAUAGCUGCUCUUUGUACAGCUAAUCAUUGUGUUCAACUCUACAACCUUUUAAGUGACCAUGAAGUUUCAGAGAUGCAGGUUCAAGUUUGCGAGAGAAAUCAUCAGCCAGAUAAUGAUGGAGUGCGGGUUCGUAAAUUUUGUUUCUUCUAUUUAACAUGAAGGUAUAUCCGUCGACCUCUUAAGGAUUUUAAACAGAAGCCAUGAAGAUGUUCUUUUCGAUCCUUGUAGCGAUGAAAAGCUCGAGACUAGCGCCAUAGAUUAUGAGGUUUUUCUUGCAGCAAUAAGAAAGAAGAGAAGCUAUGAUGUUAGAGAGACCUUGGGAAACAAUUUUUUUGUGGAUCAACGCUCAGUUUCCCGCCAUAUCCCGAUGUGUGCACUGCUUGCUAUCUUUGGUUCCCAGAUGCUUAAAAAGCAAGCUUAUUUCGAUUUCGAGGCCCUCACAACGUCUUCCUUGCUCCAGUCUCAAAAAGUUCUUCCACGACGUCAAGUUUUAUGGAUUUAAAAGAGUUAAGGGGUCUCUGCACAUUGAAUUCGGAAAUGCCUAUUUUGUGAGAGGUAAACCCGAGCUCUUGCAGAAGAUGCAGCGGAAGUCUUUUGACAAGAAUCUCCGUAAAUAUCAAGCAGCUAUUACAGCAGAGAAUCAAGCAAUUCAGGAUGCAAAGGAAGCAGAGGCUCGCUUGCAACAUUUGCGUAUUUGAUCUUUUUUUUUCUUUUCUUCACAAGUUUGCUAUUGUUGUUCUUCUUGUUGCUUUCUUUCUAUGUAUCAACGCUUUCUUCUUUUAGUUGCUUUCUUUCUAUGUAUGAACACUUACUUUGGUGGCUUUUGUUUAAG